AUAGCCAUGAAUACCUAAAUUUUCUGAGCUCCGCGCGGAUUUCUUCGAUCGGCACUGGGGCCCCUUGGCGGCGCCUCCGGCGCCGCCCCUGGCUCGUUCCGCGCGCCAGUGAGGGGUGUUCGGCGCGAAUCCGAGAAGUCCGCGCGGAGCUCCGAGCGUUCAUGUUCGUGCAGUUUUUUGUUGUUCUGCACAGGAGAGCUCCCUUCCCCGCAGCACGUUGGCCUCUUCCAGGAGCUUUGGCUCCCAGAGUCUCUCGCCCCCCUGCACCGAUACACGGUCCAGGCUUCCUGGACCCGUGCUUUGAUCUCACGCUCUUGCCAAGAGAGGUGCUAUGCCUCGGACAGUAUGGAGACGGCAAGCACUACAACACCGCCGUCAACUGGGUAAGCGGAAGCACCUGGCACACCUUUGCGCACGAGAUGGGGCACAAUUUCAACGCCGACCACUCCUUCGAGCUCGGCCAAGGCAGCACGGGUGGCAUCAUGGACUACGGCGACGGGACGCUCAACGGGAUAUUCCAGUUCAACGAGCAGUACCGCAAGAUCGAGGUGUGCAACCACAUACAGGCCAAAGUCGACACGUGCACGGCCUUCUCUGUUUUCAGCCCUGAGUGCGGCAACGGCAUCGUCGAGCCGGGCGAGGAUAGGUCAACAAAGUUGCAUAAGCGUGAACUUCUGGCCCUCCCUCGCGCGCGCCGCGCGCCAGGGGCGGCGCUGUAGGCGCCGCCUGGGGGGGGGGCCAGCGCCGAUCCGAGAGAUCUGCGCGGAGCUCCGGAAGUUUAUGCCCGUGCAGCGUUUCCCGCUCCGCUGGAGCUCGAGGAGUGCGAGUGCAGCGACGGGCUGGCAGCGUGCGACGGCUGCUGCAGCUGCCAGCUGCGGCUGGAGGGGCGGCAGUGCGCCCCAGGCGCCUACGGGCACGGCGGCUGCUGCACCUCCGAGGGGUACUUCGCGGACGUGGGAGCGCGCUGCACGAUGGCCGGCUCGGAUGGCUUCUGCGUCGAGGGGGAGUGCGUCUUAGAGAGCGUCUGCACGGUGUACCCUAUCCACUUCGGCGAGUUCUGCGGGAUCGAGGGGCAGGGCUGCCAGGUCAUGUGCACGAUGGCCAGCAACGGUGUCUGCAGCAGCCUCAGCGGCUGGAAGGACUCCAACGGCAACAAGAUCAACAACCUUCCCGACAGCACCCCGUGCACGACGGAGAGCAGUCGGGCGGGCACGUGUUACGACGGCACGUGCGUGGAUAACGACGUUGUCACCAUCGCACUCCCAGAAGGGACCGACGUCAUCAAAGAGGAGAACGUACCGUACUCCACCUCCGUGUCCGUUUCUGGGUGUGUCGGCUAUGCCAACCGUGGCUGGAUAGGACAUGCUGACGUGGCGUUCUGGAAGGAGGGGAAAUCACUAGACAAUUGCAACAUGCAGUGUUUGAACGCGGAGUCGUGUCACAGUUUCACAUUCAACGCCGUCACGGGUUUCUGCGAGCUGUGGACCAUGCACCAUUUCGUGGACGAUUUGGCCGUGGUGCCAGGCUACGACACCUUCAUCUGCCACGCCCGGGCCGUAGGCGCCGACUUCCUCGACGCCGACGUCUACCACGGCGCCGACCUGCUUGAGCCGGGCGUGGCGGCACGCGAGCGCAGCGUGGACAGCGGGCUCACCCUCACGCUCUGCUACAAGGCAUGCAUUACGGACCCUGGGUGCCACGUGUUCGUCUUCGCCGAGGUCACCGGCAGCUGCCGGCUCUAUCCGUCGGAGGUGUCGUACAGCUUGUGGGACAUGAAGCAGGGGUACAGUACCUACAUCCUGCCCUGCCACGGCCGCGGGCAGGUCUGCCCCUGCAGCCCGAGCGGGACCUCGAAGAUCCGCAUGCCCUGCCAGUGCGACGCGGCCAGCAGCCCCCACCACAACGAGUGCGCCGUCGGCCAGUACUGCUACGAUGGAGAGCGCGUGCCACGACCACAAGCAGCGGCGGCUGUCGGCCGACGUCUGCUCGGCGACGCCCGCGGUCACCACCACGAGCGUCGUCGGAACCCGUACGGACACCACGACGCCGUACAUGUACGUGGUGGACGUGCUGGAGAUAUAACCGUCGACUGCAGCACCAGCACGAAGGCGCAUAUGGAGUCGGCUCUCGCCGCGUGGGCCGCUGACAAGCACAGCGUAGGGGUGAACAAGGUGAUUCCUUCAGCCGUGAUGUCUCCUUUUUCACCUGGUACUACAUUAUCUUGGGACCUGUCGUACCAGCUCCGCCUGGAUGAUAGUUCGGACUUGGCAGGUGCACAACUCUGGUCAGAUGUGCAUCUUCCCAUCGCUGCGAACCUGGUCAAGAACCUUGCUUCAACCAGAUCUGAUCUGGCUUUGAGUUUCAGGGACAACGAUGUGUGGCUUUCGAGAGUCUGGAGCGUCGCGCUGACGAAUCCGAUCGAUGAAGAAGGGGCCUGCUUCAGCACCAACUCGAAUAGCAGGGAUGAGUUCGGGGACAGCUGUGAGGUGUACCUUUCCAAUCCAGCUUGGUGCGGCACGUAUGAUGACAGCGAUUUCACCUCUGCGAGCAUGUGCUGCGGGUGCGGUGGUGGCGUCGACCACGAGCCGCAGACGCCAGCUCCUACCCCAGCUCCAGCUCCCACUCCUGUUCCCGACUGCGUCGACACGGACUUUGGUGAGGUCGACGCGUAUGGCGAUGGCUGCGAGUCUUAUUCGGUCUCUCCACAGUACUACUGCGGUGCGUUCGACGUCGGCCGUUUCGACUCCAUGACCAUGUGCUGUGUCUGCCACGCGUACCGUUCGCCGACUCUGCCGCCCACUCCGGCUCCUCCCCCUCCGUCGCCGUGGUGGGACACCGGGAUUCUCGACGGGGCGGUGUCGUGCCGGCUCUCCCUGCUGCCGCUCCUCGCCGCGGCCGCGGCCUGCGCGCUGCACGGCCAGGUCUGAGGGUGGCCUGGCAGCGUCUGCAGCUCGCAGGGGCGUGCACCCCUUUUCUGAGCGCUCUCUCUCUCUCUCUCUCUCGUUAACUCUCGUUCUCUAUCCU